AUGAAGAUCUACAGAUACUGGCAACGCUUCAAACGAGGCAGCCACCGGAUUCUCGUUCGGAUUGGGAUUCUCAAACCCAGGUCUCGGCUCUCAUCGGAUGAAGAUCCACCAAACGAGACUGAUAAGGAAUACAUCAUUAGAUUACGGAAUCUGAUCGCCGAGCCGGCACCGAAGAAUCCGGGGUGGGAGUUCCCAAAGUCAGCAUUGCACUUCAAAAAAGAGCUGACCCCGUACGAGCAGAACGAGAUCCAAGAAUACGAGCUCGUUUACACGGCGGGGUCACGUAACGCCAAGUUCGGGACGUGCCACUCACUCCAGCAAUUUACAACGAACGAGGGGAGAUAUCGCGUUAGGAAGAAUGAUCAUAUUGAUUAUAGAUAUGUCGUAGAGAAGAAAAUUGGAGAAGGUUUUCAAGUGCAUAGAUACAAGAAACGAAAAGAGCGUUGCCGUAAAGAUCAUGAAGAGACCGAUAUCGAAUUAUAUAAGGAGGCAGCUACACUCUUAAGAAUCCACAAGCACGGAAAAGGAGAUCAAUCACACGCUGUGGAGUUGUUAGACUAUGAACACUUCCGAAAGCACCUGUUCAUUGUAAUGAGUCUCUACGACACGGAUUUCACUCAUUACUUAGCAAUGAAACCACGUCAAGAGACCAUUCAUUAUAUCAUGCAAUUGAGAUCCGUCUUGCAUGGGCUGGAGUUUCUUCGCCGUCAUGAAAUUGUACACGGAGACUUGAAGCCGUCAAAUAUUUUGCUGAAUCUCAACGACAAGUUCAAUUUGAAACUUGCGGAUUUCGGAUUGUCGGCUACUUCGAAUCAACCAGUCGGAACAAACGUUUUCCAAACGGUAAAUUUCCGAGCUCCAGAAGUAUUUUUGGAGCUGCAAGUGACCAGCGCAAUUGAUAUGUGGAGCUUCGGAGUCAUAGUAGCCCGUGUGGUCAACGGAAAUCAUUUUUUGAAUGAAUACACUGCGGCGAAACAGUUUGCUCUUCUCCUCGACUAUUUCGGAAUGCCACCCAAGGAGAUGAUGGCAAAAAUCCGACAUCCUAACAAGUUCUUCACCUAUGGAGGUCAUCCAAAAUACUGCACUGCCAUACAAGAUGAGAACGGAGAGGUGACCUACGAAACACACCCGCACGAUACCGCUGCAAUCGGUCGGCAACCACCUGGAGUCGAGAGUCGCCUUGGAGAAUUUUUCCAAGGAAAGGAGAACGCUCGUAUUCUGGACUUCUUGAACAAGUGUUUCACAUGGAAAUGGGAGAGCAGAAUCCAUCCAGCUUUUGCCCUAAAGCACCCCAUUUUCUACGCUGGACAGUAA